CAGGAAUGAUCCAUCAGUCAAUGGCGAAUCGGACACGGGUGUCGGAAUUUAUCCUGCUUGGCUUUCCGGGACUUGAUGAGAGUUACGAUGUCCCAGUCUCCAUUGGAUUGUUUCUUGCUUACAUCAUCUCUUUGUUCGCCAAUGCGACGGUGAUCCUUCUGAUCGCUUUUAGCCGCCACCUGCAUCAGCCGAUGUACAAGAUUAUGGUGAACCUUGCUGUGUCCGACCUACUGUUUGACACGAUAACCCUGCCCAAAAUUAUUGCAAAGUACUGGUUCGGUGCAGGAUCUAUCCCCUACUGCGUGUGCCUCUUACAGCUCUUCUGCGUACAUUUCCUCGGAAGCUUCGACGCCUACAUAAUCAUGUUAAUGGCUUUGGAUCGUUACAUAGCAAUUUGCCACCCUCUGCGCUACGCUUGCAUAAUGACCAACAGAACCACCGCCAUUCUCUGUUGUUUCUUCUGGAUCUUUGCCGGAGCCAUUUCUGCAGUAAUCACCAUCUUGGAUUCGACUGUACCGAUCUGCAACAAAAACAAAAUAAAAAGCUGUUUCUGCACCAAUACGGGCCUCACUGCGUUAUCAUGCGCGGACGUUACCUUCGUGAAACGCCUGGCGUUCGGCCUGGCUAUGUUCGUUCUCCUGUUGCCUUUCACUUUUAUCAUAUUCUCCUACAUUGCCAUCAUCAAGGCCAUUUGCUCGAGGGACCAUUUUGAAAACUGGCGGAAAACAUUUUAUACCUGCGCCACUCACCUCUUGGUCAUCGGUUUAUAUUUCAUACCCAGGAUAUUCGUGUACAUUUCUAAUCAGGUUCAGUUAAUUCUGGAGGAGGAUUUGAACGUUCUGCUUCUUUGCUUGUACACGUUCGUUCCGCACAUGGCAAACCCAAUCAUUUACUGUCUAAGGACUAAGGAGAUCCGAAAAACCAUCGCAAGGUUCUUCCAGAAGAUUGUUAUCAAAGUGAAAAACCCUAUCUCAGUAAGUGUCAUUGUCAACUAAAGGUUUUUGUAUUUUUGGUUUUUAACAGUGCAACGAACAAGGAAAACAAGUACUGAUCCAACGUCGUUCAGUCUGUACACUAAAUACAGGAGAUUUUCGACCAAAUCUCAGC